AUGUGCGUGACUGUUAUGCUGAUGUCACUAAAAGCUGGGAAUCUUGGUCUAAACAUGGUAGCUGCUUGUCAAGUAAUCCUUUUGGAUCUUUGGUGGAAUCCAACUACUGAAGAUCAGGCCAUUGAUCGAGCUCAUAGAAUUGGACAGACUCGUCCUGUUAUCGUAUCACGCCUCACUAUUAAAAACACAGUUGAAGAUCGGAUUUUAGCUCUCCAGGUGACUGUUAUGCUGAUGUCACUAAAAGCUGGGAAUCUUGGUCUAAACAUGGUAGCUGCUUGUCAAGUAAUCCUUUUGGAUCUUUGGUGGAAUCCAACUACUGAAGAUCAGGCCAUUGAUCGAGCUCAUAGAAUUGGACAGACUCGUCCUGUUAUCGUAUCACGCCUCACUAUUAAAAACACAGUUGAAGAUCGGAUUUUAGCUCUCCAGUUCGGAGUGGUCUGUUGUUCAUCUUCCGACAAGCGCUUUUCCCGUAAGCGAGCAAAGGAGAUAGCAGCUAACAUCCUGCAUGGUCGGUAUGCUUUGACUUCUCUUCAAAUUUCUGGUUUUAGUCCUUCCACAAAGGUUCCCACCUACUGUUGUUCUGACGAAUCUCUGGCUUGAUUUUAAAGACGCUCAAAUCUGCUCUGAUAUACCAGGACAGAGAUGUCUGUUGAAUUUUUGCGAGUUCUCCUUACACAUUGUCAUAUCCAUAGGGGCCAAAGCGAACCAUCAAGCCAUCUACAAAUUCUUCCCACGUUGGAACACCUCGAUUACAGUCAA